GCAAUAAAAUUUGUGGAAAUGGCCAAAAAAUACAAAGCUAGAGAUGUUGAUCGUCCUGAACUUCACAUUGUAAAUUAUUUGUCUGAUCCUGAUUAUAGUUUACGGAUGAUGACAUGUGACCACCCACUGCCCCCUGAUCGGUACCAUCCGAGUGUAGAGGAUCAUUUACGGGUUAUUGGGUUUUAUCAUGCCUCUCAGAUUGGAGUAGUUCAAUGCCAGAAAGCAUUGAUAAAUGCUCUAGUGGAGAGGUGGCGGCCGGAAACACACACCUUCCACCUUCCGAUUGUUUGGGGUUGCACCGAGGAAGGCCGACUGCAGAGGGAGUGGCAUAAAAUUGACAUGGCUUAG